AUUUGGUGACAUUAGUACUGACAUACUUUAUGUGACCAUAUGUUUUGCAGGAUGUCGGGUGGGCCCAUCAACUCUGCGCGUAGUCGCAGCACAUCAGGGAGACGAGGACGUCACAACUCUGUAGAUCUUGCAUGUGACGUUACCCCAGUAUUGGACGCAGGGCAUACUCGGUCUAUUAGUCCACAAGAUUCUAUUCAUGUAGCAGCCUCAUCCCAUUAUGGGAAGCAGAAGGGAAGAGAUCCGAACAAACAAAAAAGGGCUGCAAGAAGACCAGAUGAAAGACCAGAUGAAAGACUAUUUAUACAAAUUGCGCAUAAAGGCACCUUCUUGGAUGUUGAAAAAAGGCUACAAGUGUGGGAGUUGUUUAAGACACAUUAUCAAUGGGGUUUAGAGGAUGAGAAGGCAGUCCGAAAGGCGUUCUUAAGAUCAAUGAAGAAAGGAUGGGGCGAUAAUAUGAAGGAUGAACGGGAUAAGUGGCGUGCAAACGGUGAGUAUAGGCCGAGGGGGAAGAAAAAUCGAGCAUCUGGGGAACGAGUUACACACACUACAGGAUCAGUGAGUUUUGAUGUACAUGAAGAACAGAUGACCAAAGCUGUUGGGGGGGUAAGGCUAGCACACCAAGAGCUAUAUAAGGAAACACAUAUUUUACGAAAAGGUGUCCCCCAAGGACAAGAAGCUCCAUGGUGUGGCGACAAACAUAAGACUCGGCAUGAUACAUUUGUCAGUGAGUGCUCUGCUACAUAUGGCUCGGACUCAGCAUCAUGGCCACCUCGGGACAAUGACGCUUGGGCAAUUGCUGUGGGGGGAUGCCAAAGCAAUAUCAUGCCAGGAAUUGACAUGACUAAAAAACAAGCCAAAGAUAGGGAGGCAAUGCAAAUGAUGCGAGACGAAAUAGGGCAAGUCAAAGAGCAACGAGAAGUAAUGCAACGGAUGCUGGAAGACAUGGGGAGGAUGCAGGCAUCUCUAUCGCAGCAAUUUGCUGCUUUUAGUGCCUACGGGAUGCGCUCGCCUAGUGCUACCCCAUCAUUUCCUUACACUGGGCAAGCAUUUCCUCUUGUAGGGACAUCGUUCCCUAUUGCUCGGCCAUCGUUUCAUGCUAAUGGGCCAUCAUUUCCUCAUGCAAUGCCAAUGAAAAUGCCAAUAGAAGCUACAUUCCCCAUAGGCCAAAUGGGGAGACAAUCAAGAUCUCCAGGUACAUCUUCAGCCAAUCCCCCACAAGAUGAUUAUGGUUACCAGCCGAGAUUUGAUGUAGAUUACCAAGGUCCAUUUGGGCCGGAAUGAUCAGUGUGCAUGAGGUUGCGAACGCAAAACUUGGCAUGUUCUUGAUACUUGAGGAAAAGACUUUUAGUUUCUGGGUUUGUGAUUUGAACUUGUUAGGACAUUGGUGUAUAUGUCAGUUGGAAUUGAAUGGUUUGUGGUAAUAUUAACUAUAUUAUUAUGACUUGCAAGUUUAGAAUAGCUAAAUGGUCAUGUUAAAUGUUGCAAGUGGUACUUAUAUACUUAUCUUUUAAUUAAUGAUUAUGGGAUGA